UGAGUUGGCUUAUUCGUACCGUUCAUUUCCUUAGGUAAGUUUCGCUAGCGACGUAGGAUGCUGCGACGAAGAUCCGCGGGUGUUCCUCAGGCGUCAGGUAUUGAGUAGGAAUUUCGAAAAUUCAAAACUGUUUGCUGAAAAAUUUGCAGUUGCAGAGGGCACUACGGUAGAGGAUCGACGAACUGCGUCUACGAGUAAGCUUCGUGAUAUUUUCAAAAAUGGGGGUUCAACUUUGGACGAAGCUCUGGACGACUUUGAAAUUGCAACGAAGUUAACCCAGAAGAACGCUGCUAUUCAACGUCGUGGAGCUGACCGGUUCUAUCAAUGGGCUCAUGAUGGUGGAAAUGCAGCGAUUGAUGAUAUUGCCGGAAGAAUACGAGAUCUUAUGCAUCUGCACGCCGAUCAGCAAACAAUUUUGGCUGAGGAAGUCGCCACUUACGUCCAUGUAGGGCAACUACUAUUUUUUGCUAAACUAAGGAUAAUUAUCCAAGUGAAAUUAACAAAGAUUGGGAAUUUCUGA